CAAAAAACGGAUGACAUACGGAAACAUUUUCAGGAACAACGGAUCCGCAAAAAACAAACCGAAAUUCGGGAUAUUGAAAAAUACUGACGCGUGAAUGUAGCCUAAUUCUGUAGAUCGGAGGGGGCGGCUUGGGUUGCGUUCACACGCUUUUGAUUUUGGUGCAGAAAUUUCUGCUACUGAAAAUCCGUUCCAUUCACCUGGCUUGCAGAAAUCCAUGUACUUAUCUCCCCGUUCAAAUUAAUGGAAUUUGACUUAGUCGCGGACAUUUUUGCAGCAAAAUCCCCAGAGUGUGAAGGCCCCCGUGGAGGUCGGAGCUCUACCAGUUAUAGUGAUGCCGUAUCCUAGCAAGAUUGGAAUGCCGCUUAUCCCACAAAAAAUAUUUAUUCCCUCUGCAGAAGAUAAGUGACAAAUACCAGAUUACCGAGGUCUGAAAGCUGAGGCUCCCAGCAAUCCUAAAAAACAAAGGGGCAGUGAAUAAAGAGGUGGACCAACAUGAGAGCUACAGCUCCGUUCAGAGGGGACCCCUCUUUCUCAGGACUCUACAUCAACACGUGGACCCUCCACAAUACAGCUGACAUGUCGAAAGCAGCAGAUCCUUUGACGUUCUUAAUACUGACAGUUUUCUUCUGUUCCAGGAUUAGUACAGCAGCAGAAUCUUUCUGCCGAACACUGAGUGUAAGGAGAGAGAUCCUGAAGAAUGGAUUCCACAGGGACCUGGUAACCAGAGUGAAGGUUCACAGUCCUGCAGAGCAGAUAGAUGGCUGCAGCAUAUUGCUUCGGGAGACUAUCCCAUCUGGACUCUUUCUGGAUCCCUAUCAGCUGUCCUCGCUGAGGCAGCACAAUCUAACCGAGGUCCUUUUGCUAAAUUCAGUGGAUUUGGAAGCUCCGGAGUAUCUGUCCACAGAAUCAAAUGCACUGGUGUAUACAAGACCAGACGAGACAUGUGGUGAUUGCUUCAUCUCCUCAGUGCCAAUCCAUGCUAGAUACCACCGCCCAUCAGCGCAAGUCAGUGAAGUGUCCAUUGUUCUACACAAGCCGCAACUGCUCGUCCGCUGCAGCAAAGACUAUCUUUUGAGCGGCUGCUUGGAUUACCCUUUAGUUGAAGCUCCCUGUGGACCUACUGAUGAAAUACAAUGCCAGUGGAUCGAUAUGCCUUACACUCAGGUUAAAGAGAAACUCUCGCUCCAGGUGCCAGUGGGCAUGACCCAGCAUGGACCAGCAGUGUGUAUUAUUACGGUAGCAGUCACCCUGUGUUGCACUGGACUGAUACUGACAUCAGUGUACAAGCACAGAAAGGUUUACAGCUAGCACGUGACACUCUAUUCCCAGCUAGAAUAGAAUACCCACUUCUCUUGUAGAUUGUAAGCCCUCGAGGGCAAGGUCCCUUCUCCCUCUGUACCAGUCUGUCACUGUAUUUGUUUAUGUUCAUUGUACUUGUUUUUAUCGUAUGUUAUGCAGUGAAACCCUAUGAACCCCUA